AUGCCUCCUGUCGGUGGUUUCCGAAGCGACACUGUAGAUCAGAUCCGGCGAUUGUUCCAAGAAGAAGCCAGAAAUCCUCCCAUCCUACGCCACUAUGGAGAUAUACCCAUCUCUUACGACGUGAUAACUAGGGACUGGUUGACAGCCACCUUGGCCCGCGACUGCGAUAACACCGUGGUUAAGAACUUCGCCCUUGGCCCGGAGGACAAUGGAUCGGCCAACAGACGCCGUAUCGCGAUUGAAUGGGAGGGAGCCGAUGCUGACAAGCUUCCGACAUCUGUUUUCUGCAAAGCAGCGCAUUCCCUGGAAAAUCGAAUUAUCCUGUCUGUCGGUGGGACUUACAGUGAGACCUGCUUUUACAACGAGAUUCGUCCUAAAAUGGAUAUAGAAGCACCGUGGGCCUACUAUGCCGGGUACAACCCCGAAUCCUGGGCAGCCAUCAUCAUGUUGAAAGACAUGAGUGCCUCAACCACCUUUUGCAACCACAAGACUCGUCUGAGCAAAGACCAAUUCGCCGAGCAGGUUCAAAUGCUUGGUAAGGUACAUGGAACAUUUUAUCGUUCUAAGGAGCCUUUUUUCGAACGCCUUUUGGCCUAUCGGCAGAGAUUUCAGAAUCUUAUCAACGUUGGUGCUGAGGGUGCUUGUCGUAACGGUUUCCGUGCGGCAAAGGGCGUUAUCCCCGCCAGACUGUUCGAGAGGGAAGAUGAGAUUUGGCCCGCGACUCUAAAGUCAGUUGAGCGCAAUUAUUCUCUGCCUCCCACCGUUGUCCAUGGAGAUGUCCACCUUGGAAACUGGUAUAUCACUCCAGAAGGCCACAUGGGCCUCACAGACUGGCAAGCUAUGGCAAGAGGCCACUGGUCCCGUGAUUUGGCAUACGUCAUGGGCACUGCUGUCCCUACCGAGUCUCGCAGGCUCUGGGAGAAAGAGAUUGUUGAGCUCUAUGUUGCUGAGCUGGAGAAAGCUGGCGGGCCCAAGACGUCAGUGGAGGAAGCAUGGCUCGAGCUUCGAAGACAGUCGCUUGGCGCUUUGGCUUACUGGACUCUCACUCUGACGCCUUCAGAGGCCAUGCCUGACAUGCAGACUGAGGCAGCAUCGUUGGACUUUAUCGGGCGCAUUUGCGCGCUCAUGGACGACCAUGAUGUGUUAGAUGCGUUUGAUUUUUAG